AAUAGCAGAAAUUUAAUAAUGGAUGCCCCCAUAAAGCAUAGAUAUAGAACAGACACAAACAAAAUGGAAUCAGAGGAAUUCGACCCCAGAGUGAGUUUUUUGUAUAAAACAAUGUUAAAUCGUGACCCAAGAAAGAGACGUGUGAAGCCAGUACAUAGCAGUCAAGUUCAGGUGAACUUUGGUCUGGAUGACAGUGAGGAAGACAGUGACUUUGACAUAGGCAAACACUCAAAAGAACUUGGAGAGGAGCCUCUAGAUGAAAGUGAUGAAGAAAGUGGGGACGUGGUGAAUGGUGAUGAGCACUCAGAUGAGAACAGCAGUUUGUAUGAUGAUGAGGAACCACUGGAGGAGGAGAGUGAAGAUGAAGAAACUGACCAUGAAGAGGACGGUGAUUCUGCUGAUGAAGAGGAAGAUGAAAAUAUUGACAAAGAUGUUGAUGAUGAAACUAAAAGCCCAGAAAUAAAAGGUUUGAGUCAUGUUUGGUCCAUGAUAGAUAGUGAUGAGGAUGAUGAAGACUAUGUUCCAAAAAAGCGAAAAAAAAAGUCUGGCAAAGCAGGCUCAGAAGGGAACCAAUCGAAAUCUGUAGCAAGCAAAGCCAAAAGUCACCCACAGAGAGAUGACCCAGACAGACUUCAGGAUGCCGUCCCACACGGACGCAUCAAGGUCAUCGUUUGCUGUGUCUGCUUGUCAGACAGAAGCGCUGACGAUGAUGAAAUUGUUGAGUGUGACAACUGUGGGAUAUCUGUUCAUGAAGGUUGCUAUGGUAUCAGUGAGAGCCAUUCUACAGCCAGCACCGAGUCCUCUGCCAGCACAGAGCCGUGGUUCUGUGACGCUUGCAAGGCCACGGCUAAACCUGUGUGUGAACUCUGCCCCAACACUGGAGGAAUCUUUAAGGAAACAGACAAUGGCAAGUGGGUUCACAUCGUGUGUGCGCUGUACACCCCUGGUGUGGCAUUUGGUGAUGUGGAUAAACUGAGUCUGGUCACGUUGUUUGAGAUGUCUUAUUCCAAGUGGGGCGCUAGGGAAUGUUCAUUGUGUGAAGACUCACGAUUUAGCCAAACUGGCGUGUGCAUCAACUGUGAUGCGGGGAUGUGUAAAGCUUACUUCCAUGUCACAUGUGCCCAGAGAGAAGGCUUGUUGGCUGAGGCAGCACCAGAGGAAGUCAUGGACAUAGCUGAUCCAUUUUUUGCCUACUGUAAACUUCAUGCUGACAAGAUAAGCUCAAAGAUCAAGCGCAGAAACUGGUUGGCCAUACAGUCCCACGUCAAGACACACACACCUAAUGUCAUCUCUGAUCACGUGGAGAGGCUCCGGUUUGAGAGAAAGCUCAACAGGCACAGAGAGAAGUACAGCAUCACUAAAACUAAAAGGCCACCAUCUUGGGUUCCCACCCAGAAGAUGGUCAGACAUCUACACACAAGUCCUUCAGCUGUUCGACAUUUCUUACGCAAGUCUGAGCUGAUGGGAGUCAUUACACAAGUUCACACAAUGCCAGUAGAAAAACAAGAGAUCAGGAAGAAAGCCAUUGGUCAGCCAGCGUUCACAUCAGAAUUUAUCAACUACUUCAUGGAUCGUAACAUCAAAGUGGACAACCUAAAAAACACUCUGGCUGACCUGGUUUCACAAAACAAAAAACUACGUCUGCAAGAAAGAGAUGUGAGGACAAGAUACGACCAGCUGAAUGCUGAAGUGAAUGACCUAAAGCAGAGAGGCAACACAACACGCAGGGCGGGCGAGUCUUUGUGUGGGAUGCUGCAGGAUAUUUUUGGAAAGCCAGUACCAAACAUACCAGACAUCUUUAAAAACAGAAAACGGACAGCUUCACCCAACAAGAAGGAGUCACCCGCCUCACCAGCUGUUGUUAUUAACCAGUGUGUGACGUGCAGCAGCAGCACAGACCAACACCUGCUGGCCAAGUGUGACAGCUGUAAGGGACACUAUCACCUGGGCUGUCUGGAGCCACCACUCACUCGUAUGCCCAAGAAAACCAAACUCUUUGGCUGGCAGUGCUCCUACUGUGUAGUACCCAGCAGUGACAGCUCGCUGCGCAGCGCUCCAGAUGUUGAUGAGCCGCGCAGGCUGCGGGAAACCAUUAAAGAGCCGGACAAAUUUUUCCAUCUCAGCCAUGUCCAAGACUCAAUCAAAAGCCAGCAGCAGAGAAGUUUAGUCAGGAAAAGAAAUCGAAGAAAGCGAGACACGGCACGCGCCAGGCGAUUGGCUAGAAGUGCUGGGAAAUCCUCACAGACCAAGUGCCCCACAGACUUGACAAAAGUGAGUUCCCCUGUGAAGAGAGCGGACAAGAGCCCAGCCUCCCAUGUCAGUCUGCCAGCCCAGGGGUUGUACAUCAUGUGUGUGGUGUGUAAUCAGGACGGUACUGUCACAGACACUGUCAGGUGUGAUGAGUGCCAACUCUCCUACCACAUGAUGUGUUUGGAUCCACCAAUGAAGAAAUCUCCAAAAGUCAGAGGCUAUACCUGGCACUGUGAGGCUUGCGACAUGAUGGACAGUUCUGUCAGCUGAGGUGUCACACGGAGAUGUCACUGUCAGCUGAGGUGUCACACGGAGAUGUCACUGUCAGCUGAGGUGUCACACGGAGAUGUCACUGUCAGCUAAGGUGUCACACAGAUGUCACAUGCCAGGUGUUGGCACAUUGAGCUGACUGCACUACUUUGCUCUCAUCUCACACGACAUGUCAUCUAAUGCCCCAUGUCAGCUCAUGUCACAUGUCAGCUGAUGCCACAUGUCAGCAGAUGCAACAUGUCAUCUGAAUUGCCCUGUACACCUUACAGUCUCCCUAGUGAUUACCUCCUGUGUUGUCGUCAGUCAGUGGAUGACAUCACCUCACUGGAACCUGUAAAUAUUGUAGAGUUAGCUGGGGUCAGUCAUGUGACUAGAUUAGUCAGUCAUGUGACUAGAUUAGUCAGUCAUGUGACCAGA